UGAGAAUUUUACGUUCUGUACCCUAGUUCUCUUGUGUUCGUGUUCGCUUCUGGAAGAUUAACUUGUAACGUCUUCGUCUCUUUCCUUCAUAUCCGUGGACUGUGGGAAAAGCAAUGGUGUUUUAAGAGCCUCGGAAGAGUUCAAGAAAUGGGUCGUCCGGAGCCCUGUGUUUUGUUUGCUCAAACCUUCGUUCAUCCCCAACUCGAUGAAUAUGUUGACGAGGUAAUAUUUGCAGAACCUGUUGUCAUUACUGCCUGUGAAUUCCUUGAACAGAAUGCAUCAUUGGCUUCCCAAGUAAUAACACUUAUUGGGGCCACUUCACCUCCUUCAUUUGCUUUGGAAGUUUUUGUUCAAUGUGAAGGGGAGACCAGGUUUAGGCGCCUCUGCCAGCCUUUUUUAUAUUCUCAUUCUUCAUCAAAUAUGCUAGAAGUGGAGGCUGUAGUAACGAAUCAUUUGGUUGUAAGAGGCAGCUACCGUAGCCUUACCUUGGUCGUCUAUGGCAACACUGCAGAGGAUCUGGGACAGUUCAACAUAGACUUUGAUUUGGAUAGCUCUUUAGCGAACCUUGUUUCUUUGCCUUCUGAAGGAAAGCUUGAUGAUCUCCCUCCCGUGUUACGUUCAACAAAGUUGGCAUUUGAGGAGUCUAUAUCCUCGCUAAAGUCACUAUCUUUACCAAUCGCCGAGGCAGAUAUGUCUGCUGAAAUAAGGCAAUUUGUGACAUUGGUUCUUAAGAUCCUUGAGUUGUCAGAUCUCGGGGAUGUUAGCGAGAAAGUUGCGGAUAUUGUUGUAUCAGCAGUCUCUUCUUAUGUCAGUAGUGAUUUGCAUGGCACAAAUAUCAGUUUGAAACAAUGCAAGCAGGUUUGCUCCAGAAAUUGUGAAGAAAAAUCCCAAUGUGUUCUUAUUGAGGCUAGAAGUGAACUUCUUCAACUCUUUAAAUUGCUUCAACAUGAUUCAGGGAACUUGUCAGCUGAAAUAUUGGGGGAGGACAUUAUUUUUGAAUCUGAAGGUGAUUUGGGUACUUCUGAUUUGUUAAGUGAGGUAUUAGAAAAAUAUUUGUGUGUGAAAAAGGGAUCUGCAGUUAUUACACUUCCACAGCUUUCUCAGAACAAGAAGAUGAUUGUAGUGUUGUCCAUUGUUCUUCUCUUGUGCCCUUGGAGGGAGAGUUGUUUUUACUUUGUGAAUGGUGGUGGAAUGGAGCAGCUUGUGCAUGUUUUCCAUCUUGAGAUACAAAAAUCAACAGCUGUCACAUUAUUGGUACUGGGAGUUGUUGAGCGGGCUACUCGACAUGCCAUUGGAUGUGAAGGUUUUCUGGGUUGGUGGCCUCGUGAAAACGUGAAUGUCCCAGCUGGCAAUAGUGAAGGUUAUAGCCAAAUAUUGAAAUUGUUACUGCAAAGGCAGUGCCAUGAUGUUGCUUCUCUUGCCACUUAUAUUCUUCAUCGCUUGCGCUCAUAUGAAGUUGCAUCCAGAUAUGAGUCUGCAGUACUAUCUGUUUUGGGAGGUAUAACUACUGCUGGCCGUGUUACAAAUGUUUUCUUGAGCAUGCUCAUAAGUGCCAGGUCUCAGCUCAAAAAGCUCAUGAAAUUGAUUAAUUCAUGUGGUCCAAUUGAAGAUCCUUCACCCAUGGCUUGUGUGAGGAGAUCAUUGAUUCUUGGUCAGACUGAAGGACUGUUAACAUACAAAGCAACUAUUGACUUGAUUGCAUCAUCCAAAUGUUGCUUUUCCAAUUGGGAUAUUGACCCACAUUUGCUAUCACUUCUCAGGGAGAGAGGUUUUCUUCUGCUAUCAGCUGCAUUGUUGUCAUCUGCUAUUUUGCGCUCUGAAAAAGGACAUGUCAUGGACAUAUUUGUGGACAUCGCAUCAUCAAUUGAAGCUAUACUUCUUUCGCUUCUUUUCUGUCGCUCAGGCUUAAUUUUCCUACUCCUUCAGCCUGAAGUUACUGCAACUGUAAUUCUGACACUUGAGGGUGUGGAAGAUAUGAAUAAAGAGGACUGUAUCCCUCUUCGAUAUGCAUCGGUUUUGAUAUCCAAGGGUUUCUAUUGUCGCCCACAAGAAGUUGGAAUGAUUACUGAGAUGCACCUAAGGGUGGUAAAUGCUAUAGAUCGUCUUGUGACGUCAACUCUUCACUCUGAAGAAUUUCUACGGGUUCUCUGGGAACUAUGUACUCUUUCGAGGUCUGAUUGUGGACGUCAGGCUUUGUUGUCUCUGGGGCAUUUUCCAGAGGCAAUUUCAGUGUUAUUGGAAGCAUUGCAUUCUGUCAAGGAAUUGGAGCCAGUGACUUUGACUAGUGGUGCUUCCCCACUUAAUCUUGCGAUCUUUCACUCAAUUGCGGAGCUCUUUGAAGUCAUUGUUACUGACUCUACUGCAUCUUCUUUGGGUUCUUGGAUCGAGCAUGCUGUGGAGCUUCAUAAAGCUUUGCAUUCAUCUUCCCCUGGGUCCAAUAGAAAAGAUGCUCCUACGAGGUUGUUGGAAUGGAUAGAUGCUGGUGCUGUUUAUCAGAAAAGUGGUGCUGUUGGGCUUCUACGCUAUGCUGCUGUUUUAGCCUCUGGGGGAGAUGCUCACCUAACUUCAACCAGUGUUCUGGUAUCAGAUUCUAUGGAUGUUGAAAAUGUUGUUGGAGAUUCUGCCAGUGGUUUUGAUGUUCAAGUUGUAGAGAAUCUACUGGGGAAACUUGUUGCUGACAGGCAUUUUGAAGGAGUUACUCUUCGUGACUCUUCUGUAGCACAGCUGACGACAACAUUUCGGAUUUUGGCGUUCAUUGCAGAAAAUUCGGUUGUUGCUGCUGCUCUUUACGAAGAAGGUGCUGUGACACUUAUAUAUGUCAUUUUGGUCAACUGUAAAUCCAUGCUCGAGAGAUCUGCCAAUACCUAUGAUUACCUUGUGGAUGAAGGUGCAGAAUGCAAUUCUACAUCAGAUUUACUUUUGGAACGCAGUCGUGAGCAAAGCCUAGUCGAUCUUCUGAUUCCUUCUCUUGUUUUACUGAUUACACUUCUGCAAAAACUGCAGGAUGCUAAGGAGCAGCAUCGGAAUACAAAGCUACUCAAUGCACUUUUGCGAUUGCAUCGAGAAGUAAGUCCCAAGUUAGCUGCUUGUGCUGCUGAUUUAUCAUGUCCAUAUCCUGGUUCCGCCCUUGGUUUGGGAGCUGUCUGUCAUCUUAUCGUGUCAGCACUUGCCUGCUGGCCGAUAUAUGGUUGGACUCCUGGCCUAUUUCAUUGCCUCCUUGAUAGUGUUCAAGCCACUUCCUCUCUAGCUUUGGGUCCAAAGGAAGCCUGCAGCUUGCUAUGCCUUCUGAGUGAUCUAUUUCCAGAAGAAGUUAUCUGGCUUUGGAAGAAUGGAAUACCCUCAUUGAGUGCUAUUAGAACAUUGGCUGUUGGGACAUUAUUAGGGCCUGAAAAGGAAAGACAAAUUGACUGGUACUUACAGCCUGGGAACCUUGAAACGAUACUUAGCCGGUUGAUGCCACUGCUUGACAAGAUUGGCCAGAUUGUUCUACAUUUUGCCUUUACUACUUUGGUGGUCAUACAAGACAUGCUUCGAGUUUUUAUAAUCCGCAUUGCUUGCCAAAGGGCUGACAGUGCGCUUGUUCUUCUGAGACCCCUCAUUUCAUGGAUACAAGAUCAUAUUUCUGAAUCAUCUCCUGCGUCAGACAUGGACAUUUUCAAGGUUUACAGAUUGCUUGAUUUUCUUGCUUGCUUAUUGGAGCAUCCACAAGCCAAGACAUUGCUGUUGAAACAAGGUAUUGUUAGGAUACUGAUAACGGCACUUGAGAGGAGCUUUGACACAUUGGGUUCGGAUAGAAAGCUGUUCUCAGAAGGUAGAAUUCCCACUAAAAGUGGAUCCACUCUGCAUAGUUGGUGCCUUCCGGUGUUCAAAUCCUUUGCACUGAUUUUUGAUUCUCGAGCAUUUCGAAACCGCUUUGGAGCAUAUGACAAGAGCAGUCUACAGAGAAUGAGCACUGAAGAGUGUUCCUUAAUUUUGCUCCAAGUGCUUAAGUUCUGUCAGGUUCUACCAGUUGGAAGGGAAUUAGUUGCGUGUUUAACAGUCUUUAAAGAGUUAGCUUCUUGCUGUGAGGGUAGAAGUGCCUUUAUUUCCACUUCUGCAGAGCUCCAAGCUUCUACUUUUGAGAAUCUUGAACCAAAGAGAAGACGUGAUGGCGAUGCAAAUGAUGCUGCCUUUUAUGAAUGUGGUUGGAUUAAGCAUCCACCUUUAUUGUAUUGCUGCAGAAACUUAUUGAGAUCAAUUGAUGGCAGGGAUGGUCUGAUACCCUAUGCUAUUGAGGCUGCAAGGUCAUUGUUUUCAGGUGGUCUAUUUCUCUGCAUGGAAGGUAAAAAUUUUAACAUGGAGGGAGUUGCUGUGUUGAAAUGCCUUUUUGGGCUUCCUCAUGAUUUUGAUGGCACUGAUGAUUCCCCCCCGAAAAAUUCUGAUUUAGAGGAACUGAUAGUUCUGUUGAACACGACGUUGAAUGAGGAUGAAAAGUUAGCCGCUUCAAAUCUGGAAACCACUUUAUCUGAGACUCUGGAAUUUGCAAAAUCGAUAUUGUUUUUGCUGCAAAAGCCAAUUGGCUCAUUUACAGUGGAUGAUAUCUGUUCUGGUGAAUGUGUUCCUUCAUCAUCAAGUGAUGUUCAAGUUCAUUCAAAGAUACUUCCGCCUCAUCUAUUGUUUCCUUCUCUAACAAUGAAGAGCAUUCUGAAUGAUGAAGUUGGAUCAUCAUUGCUACGGAUCAUGAAGCCCGACAGUAAUGCUGAAAAGACUGAUGAUUUCUUUUCUCUUGGGGGACUCACAGACAAGUUUCUCUGGGAAUGCCCUGAAUCUUCAUCUGAUAGACUGCCAGCCCUUCCUGUAAAGAGAAAAAUAGCAUCAGUGGAAGUCUCCAAUAGACGUUCCAGAGUUGAAGGGUCAGGUUCAGAGGUCAUGGGCCCAACUGCAUUUUCGCGGGGAUUGGGGCUUCCAUCUGCCUCUAGUGCUCCUACUCGUAGGGAUACCUUUCGGCAGCGCAAGCCAAACACCAGCAGGCCACCUUCUAUGCAUGUGGAUGACUAUGUUGCCAGAGAAAGAAACACUGCAGAUGGUGUAAGUAGUAGCUCAAAUGUUGUAGGCUCAAUACAGCGUGGAGGAUCAACCAGUGGUAGGCCUCCAUCAAUUCAUGUUGAUGAGUUCAUGGCAAGACAGAGAGAGCGUCAAAAUCUAGCAACUAUUACUGUUGGGGAGCCAGCAGCACCAAACAAGAAUGCACCUCCUGAGAAUGAAAUUGAUUCUGAGAAGUUCGAUAGAUCUCAGCAGUUGAAAGCAGAUCUUGAUGAUGAUCUGCAGGAAUUAGAUAUUGUGUUUGAUGACGAGGAGGCAGAAUUGGAUGAUAGAAUACCAUUUCCUCAGCCGGAUGAUAAUUUGCAGCCUGCUCCAGUCAAUAUUGGGGAAAGUCCCCCCCAUUCAAUUGUUGAAGAGACUGAAAGUGAUGUAAAUGAAAGUACUCAGUUUUCUCACCUGGGUACACCAUCAACAUCCAAUGUUGUUGAAAAUACACGAAGUGAGUUUUCUUCUACGAGGUCAGUUUCACGAUCUGAGAUGGCAUUGAGCCAAGAAGCAAGUAUUUCUUCAGAGAAGUACAUGGGACCAAAUGGAGAGAAACCAUUUUUUCAAGAGCAAUCUGAUGAAAUAAAGAAUGCUGUUCCAGUUAUUAUGCCCUCUGGUAGGAUUGAUUCUGCUGCAACAGCAAACCUCUCUGGAUUACCUUCACCUUUCUAUAAUAAAGGUUUUCGAUCUGUGCAAAUGCUAGAUGAUUCUAGAGCAACUCCACCUACUUUCUAUCAGAGGGCCAGUCCGCAACAAGCUCUUAACACUACUUUGGCAACUGGAUCUCAAGGACCUUAUGAACAGAAGCCGCUGCUCAAUCAACCACCAUUACCUCCGUUGCCUCCUCCACCAAUGGUCUCCUCCAUAACAUCACAGACAGCUGAACCUGUUCAAAGUCAUUCCUCUCCAUUUGGUCACUCUAUGAGAGAUCUGCAACCACCAAUGCCAACAGGAUAUCCAUUGCAAGCAUUUGAUGGUAGUGGCCCCAGUGCUCUACCGGCUUUCCAUGAUUCAAAGUAUUUGUGGGCUUCUGCCUCACCUUCAAGUAGGUUACACGAUGAGAUCAACACUUCUAGUGGAUCUGCUAGACCACCUCCGCUUCCUCCUACACCUCCACCAUAUUCGGCUUCAUCUGUUACACAAACACCUUUAAAGACUAGUUCCCAGUCAUCAGGGUUUAGUCAGACUAGUGCUGGAACCCCUCAGCUUCCAUUGACAUCUGCUAUAUCUUUAAGUGAUACUCGAUCCAGUAAUUUUUCUGCAUCUGGAGGUCUGAUUUCUUAUUCACCACCUCCACCACCUUUACCACCGUUGCUACCUAAUAGGCCUACAUCCAUGCCUGGAAAUUUUUUGAGCAGUAUGGCAACUCAGCAACAGGGCCAAAACCUAUCUGGUCUCCUACAUUCUGUAACCAGUCAAGCUGCCAUUCAGUUGGCUCAACCUCGUGUACAGUUACAACCACUGCAACCACCACAACCACCUCGUACACCCCAUCCUCAGCAUAUUAGACCACCUAUUCAAGUUUCACAACAGCAAUCAGACCAAGGGGUGUCUCUGCUACAUGGCCCCAUUCAAGUGCUAAUGCAGCCACUGCAAAUGCCACAGUCCCAUAUUUCUCCAGUACCUGUUUACUAUCAACCCCAACAACCAGACCACAUUUCACAACCUCUGCAACAACAGGGUGAACAUGUACAACCACAAACCCUGUACCAGCAUGGUGAUAAUUCAUCCCAGCAACAUCAAGAUUCAGGGAUGUCACUGCAGGAGUACUUUAGUUCCCCUGAAGCCAUUCAGUCUUUGUUGAGUGACCGAGAGAAACUUUGUGAGCUUUUAGAGCAACACCCAAAAUUAAUGCAAAUGCUUCAGGAACGCCUAGGCCAACACUAGUGUCAUGACACCGAAGAUGUUUUCCCUCUCUGUAACCUUGUGCUCUAAGCCUAUUAUGCCACUUGGUAUUGUCGAAGUUAUAUCAAGUCAGUCCUACUUGGAGGUUCAACCAUCCCCAGCAAUGGCAACCAAAUUGUCUUCUGGUCAUGUUUGUAUGGUGUUCCGUAUGUGAAUUGUAUCCAUGUACAUUAUGUUUUAAUAGAUAGAUGUUUAUCUUGUUUUUCCUGUAUGA